AUGCAGUCGACAAGUCGCGACAGCGCGACUAGCACUUGGCCGUGGACCAGUGCAGGCCAAGGCACGACAUUAGCGGCUGAGGAAACUGAGGAAACGGGUUUGUUUACCUACUUUUCGAAUGGUCUAUCCGGCUACGUACCGCUCCGCAGCGCAGAUCGCUCGAACGAGGAGGAGGCGUACCUGAGCCUAAGUCAUUGGGAGCGUUUUUUGGGAUUCCUCAUGUGCAUUGCAGGUAGUGGUGUAUGCUUCCUUUUUUCGUUCAUCUUCCUUACUCCGCCGAUUCUGGCGCUGAAGCCGCACAAGUUUGCUUUGGCGUUCACACUGGGCAGUAUAUUGUUCAUGGUCGGCUUUGCUGUACUCUCUGGGCCUAUGGCGCAUUUUCGUCACUUGACGAGCCCCGAACGAUUGCCGUUCUCUAUCGCCUAUAUCUCGUCCAUGAUUGGCACGCUGUAUUUCGCGCUUGGGCCGCAAUGGCGCCUCGUCACGUUCCUUUUUGCCAUUAUCCAGAUCGUGGCAUUGCUCUUUUAUCUUGCAGCGUACUUCCCUGGUGGCGUCACGACACUGCGUUACGCAGGCACACUCUUUACUAGAGGUAGUAGCCUUUUACCCAUCUAG